UGAACACUGGAAGCGUUAUCAGUGUGGAUGUGUGGAAGCAGCGGGAAGAUGAUGAUUAAUCACAAACACAUCAGUGGUGGAGAAGCAACGAUGUCUUCAGUUCAGGGUUUGAGAGAGUUUGUCAGUGAGCGACUAACUUCUGCUGCUGAAGAAAUAUUCAGAGUCUUUGAACAAACUGUCGUCGAGUACGAGAAAGAGAUCGUUCGUCAGCGCAGGUUGUUGGAUAUCGUUUGGAAACCUGAGAUAAAGCUUCACAGGACAAAGCUCCCGCAGCAACAUGUAUGUAGGAAGAAGAAGGAGGUUCUCACUGACCAGCAGCUCUGUGACCAGGAGACAAACUCUAGUCUGGACCAAGAGGACCCACAGACACCAACUGCUGCUGCUGAAGAAAUACCCAGAGUCACUCAGAAUAUUAUCCUUGAGUUCAAUGAAGACAUUAAUUAUCAGCGCAGACUACUGGAUCUUGUUUGGAAACCUGAGAUAAAACUACACAGGACAGAGCUCCCACAGCAACAUAUCUGUAAGGAGGAGGAGGUUCACAGUGACCAGGCCAAAAACUCCAGUCUGGACCAAGAGGACCCAGAGCCUCCACAGAUUAAAGAGGAGCAGGAGAGACUCUGCACCAAUCAGGAGGGAGAGCAGCUUGUACUGAACCAGAAGAACGAUGUCGUUAUGUUUACUCCUACUAAUGAGGAGAUCGACCACAGUGGACAAGAACCAAAGAGUGACCAGCUCCUCUCUCAUAACUCUCCUGUAGCUGAGUGCCAAGAUCAGAGAGGAAGCAAUGAUGUGGACCCGGGGUCAACUAGAGAUGAAGAGUCAAAGAGAGAGAAGAGAAAGAGGACGCGUCACAAUAACACAAGUCACAGUGACUAUGUAGACAACUCUUUCCCAACAAAGAGACACCGUAACACUCACACAGGUAAAAAGUGUUCAACGUGUGACAUUUGUGGAAAAAGUUUUAGAUUUAAAUCUAUAUUGGUCGUACAUAUGAGAAUCCACACAGGUGAGAAGCCAUAUUCUUGCAAAACAUGUGGCAAAGGUUUUGCACGUCAUUAUCACCUGCAAAAUCACAUGAUGUCACACACAAGUGAGAAGCCAUAUCCUUGCAAUAAUUGUGGGAAAGCUUUUAAAACAAGAUUUGUCUUAAAUGUCCACAUGAGGAUUCACACGGGUGAGAAGCCGUAUACUUGCAAAACAUGUGGGAAAGGUUUCAAACAGAUUGGUGGGCUGAACUCUCACAUGAGUGUCCACUCAGAUGAGAGGUUAUAUUCCUGUGAAACAUGUGGGAAAAGGUUCAAGUAUAAAAGAGUCCUAGUGGGCCACAUGAGAAUCCACACAGGUGAGAAGCCAUAUUCUUGCAAAGCAUGUGGCAAAUGUUUCGGACGUCAUAAUUACCUGAAAUAUCACAUGAUGUCACACACAAGGGAGAAGCCAUAUCCUUGCAAUAAUUGUGGGAAAGCUUUUAAAACAAGUUAUGUCUUAAAAGUCCACAUGAGGAAUCACACGGGUGAGAAGCCAUUUUCUUGCAAAACAUGUGGCAAAAGUUUUUCUCAGUUAUCAUCAUUACAUAGGCACAUUAGGAUUCAUACAGUUUAACAUUUGGAACUCACAGUUUCUGAGAGCGACUGUAGGAUUGUAAUUUGCAACAAAUGCAAAGGUUCCGAGAGGGGAGGAAAUUUAACACUACCAAUCUCAUAAGUCACCUUAGAGUCUGUCAUCGCGACGAAGAUGUAUUGCGAAAAUACGAGGCGCUUGCAUCCAGAGAUGCUAAGGGGGGAAAAAAGGCCAAAGCAAGUGUUAGUGCCGCAGUGCUGCGAGGGGACUGACCAGACUGACGCUCCAUCAUGGAGCCCCACAUUGGGCGCCACUGUGGCAAUAGACCCUGCCUCCAGGAGAGAAGAGAUCAGAGCAUCCUGGUUUAAAAAAGUAUAUGGUCCACAAUGUUCUCUGCUUCAAUAUGGUCUAGAUGCGAAAAAAAGUCAAAUUUUUUUGUUUUCACAAAUAAAUUAAAGGUUUCACAAAUUUGAAAGUUUAUUUCAGAGAGUAUUGAUGCUCUACUAAAAAUGGCCAACACAUUUUCACUACGGUAAAUGCCUCCAACAUUGGAGGAACGUUCAGUAGAGGUGCAACUAAGUUUCCCCUGAACUGCUAAAUCGGAAGUUAACUUCAGCCUUGUCAACACAUCAUGCUUCAUAACACAUCCCUUUUCAAACAGCCUAUGAAUUUCUUUUAGGUUUUCAUCUUAAGGUUGAGGUCUUAUCUUUAUGUCCAGUCUGAAUCUCUCUAACCUCAUAGUGAACAUGAUCAGUUUGCUGUUCAUCUUUUGGAAGUUACUGAAAUGAUUCAAGAAAAUUAACAUUGAAAUAAAACAGUGUCAACCCAGUGAGAGAGGAAGCUAAAUAAUAAUCCUGGUAACAGUAAGAGCAACAAUUUACAUGAUUUCAGUAGUAAAUAAAAAAAUUUAAAAAACACUUAUAGUUAAGACUUGAUGCAUCAGUUGGAACAGGUCUAAAAUCUUAACAAAUGUAAAGCAGAUAUGUUUGUCUCCAGAAAAUAGGAAAACAAGACUAAUUUAUGUAAAGGUCGUUCAGUUUCAUUCUAUGUUUGUCAGUCAGUGCUUUAAAGGUGAGUUUGACUUCUGUGAUGGGCUGACGAAGCCUUAUGAAACUUUACUUUCUAUUUGUCUUGUCACUGGGACAGACCCUUUACAACACCUAUAUGAUUUUAAUUAUUUUAGUUUCAUGUGAUUACAAUAAAAGUCCAAAAAGACUGUUACGAUUAAAUCUCUAAUACAUUGAUGUAGACAUGCUGUAUUAAAUAUACAAAUAUGGAAAAUGCAAAUAAAAAAAGACAGCAGUGAUUUCUAAAUUAA